UUGCCACUCGUUAUCCUCCGCCGCCGACGCCUCGCCGUCCGACGCAUCCCGCAGCGGUCUUCGUCGGGCUCAGGAUUCACUGAGGUCGACCGCGCCCAGGUGCAGGUGCUUGCGGCCAUCCCCUCGUCGGAGCUCGGCGAGCUUCCCUCAGCCCGAGUGUCCCUCGCUCCGUCCCUCCGUGGAUCCAAGAUAAGUUUGAGUUCAGUUCAGUCAGCAGUGAACCUCCUCCUUCAUUCAGCAGACACAGACAGCUCCUCUCCGUUGGCCAUCUUCCCUGCUAUCCUUCACAGGGACCGGCACAUCUCCGCCGACCAAGCACCAAUCAUCUACACUAUCUUUGAGUAGGAACGGAACAGCAGAUGCCAAUGGGUUUUGCGGCUGAUAGCUAGAAACAUGGGCUGAAUGCUGAACUGCCUGUCUAUGCACUCAUCUGCUGUACUGAUUUCCACCAUCUCUGACCGACCCUGCAAUCCCACCUCCCAGCAAGAGCUCAAGUCUCAACACCUAGUGUCUCUAGGCUGGAAAUACUUUCUUGAUGGAAGUGGCUUAGUCCUCAACGCUGUGUAUACAUACUGUUGGCACAGAACUGAGCUUCUCGAAAUAUCAUGAGUGGGAAUCUCGUCCUGUUCCAGGACAGAACAAAGCAUGCAGUAUACAUUAACAAGAAUUUAAAAGAUUUCACAGAAGAUGCUAUUGAAAGAAUUACUAGCAACUACAGCACUCCUAUCGGAAAAGGUGGUUUUGGAGAAGUCUUUAGAGGAGUCCUUGAUGAUGAGCUAGUUGCAGUGAAGAGAUAUAUCCGCCAAGAGUUGAGAGAAGAGUUUAUGGAUGAAGUAAGCAUCCAUAGUCAAAUGAGCCACAGGAACGUGGUGAAUCUCAUUGGCUAUUGUAUUGGGGAAAAUACCCUAACAAUGGUAACUGAGUUUAUCUCCAAAGGAAACCUCGAUGAAACAAUGGUAACUGAGUUUAUCUCCAAAGGAAACCUCGAUGACAUACUCCACAACAGUAAUACUUCCAUCCCUUUGGAUAUAAGAUUGGGUAUUGCUAUAGGCUGUGCAGAAGCAUUGAGCUACAUGCAUUCGAUGCAUUUAUCAGGUGACAACCUUGUAUGUCAUGGCGAUAUUAAACCUGCCAACAUACUUCUAGAUGCCAAUCUUACAGCAAAAGUAUCAGAUUUUGGACUGUCGAGGCUUCUUUUAGGAGGCAUCACUCAAUACACUAGGAAUGUAAAAGGAAGUCUAGAUUACAUGGAUCCUAUUUAUCUUCGAGAGGGACGUCUUACCCCAAAGAGUGAUGUAUAUAGUUUUGGAGCUGUGCUCUUGGAAUUAAUAGCUAGGAAAAGGGUAAAAGAGGGUAGCUGUAACCUCAUAUCGACUUUCAGUAAUGCCCGUGGUAAAGGUGAAUGGUCGAGGGACCUUUUUGACGGGGAAAUAAUCAGUGCAGGCAAUAUAAAGAUUCUUGAGGAAAUAGGAAAACUGGCAACUGAAUGCCUGACAUUGGACAUUCAUAAACGUCCCAGAAUCACUGAUGUGACUAAACGCCUUUUAAUGCUGUGGAGACAAGAAAAACGGGAGUUCUUUUUUAGAUCAGAAAGUGUUGGCACAAGCAACUUAAUGAGAUGUUUGAGCAGUUUUGAGAUGGAUGUUGCCAAUUCUGAGAUACUAGCAAAGCUUGGCAACAUGCGAUUUUUCACUGAGAAGCAGCUAAUUGAAGUCACACAGAACUUCUCAUGUCUAUGUAGUGAAGGUUGGUUAGUUGAGGUCUACAAAGGCACUCUAGAGGAUAACACAGUGGUGGCAGUGAAGAAAUCUAUUGAUGCAUAUGAGGAGCAUAUAAUUCAUUUUGUCAAUGGAGUGAUGAUCCAUGCUCAACUCAUCCACACGAAUAUCAUCAAACUGUUCGGCGUCUGCUUGGAGGUUGGUAUUCCAAUUUUCCUAUAUGAGUAUGCUGCUGAAGGCAAUCUUUCAGACCUCCUGAAUGGUAGCAAGCAUUUCCCCCUGGAAUUGCGGAUGGGGAUUGCAAUCGGAACUGCAAAAGCAUUAGCAUACAUGCACUCAUCUGAUUCUGGUUGCAUCAGACAUGGUAGUGUUAACCCUUCCAAUAUACUUGUAGAUCAUAACUUCACGCCAAAGGUCUCAGGUUUUUCACUCUCAAGGGCGCUUACCAUUGAGUACAAUUAUGAUGACUCUGUAGUCGUUCAAAGGCACUACAGCGACCCAAGCUUCGUACAAUGUGGGCUUCUUACAGUCAAAAGCGAUGUGUACAGCUUCGGGAUUAUUCUCAUGGAACUCAUUAGCAGGAAGCUAUCAAUAUAUGAUGAAGAUUGUGAACUAACAGACCUUGUUAUCCUGUAUAACAAAGCAUAUGAUUCAGAGAAGAGAGGAGCGGCGAUGUUUGAUAAGGAUAUCACAGCCGCAAAAGACAUCAUACUGCUUGAAGACAUUGGGAAGCUAGCAAUUGAGUGCACGAAACUGGGACCAGAUCUUAGGCCAACAAUGAAGGAGGUGGCAGAACGCCUCGAGAUUCUUAGAAUAUCUUGGGGCAAAGCUAGCCAAGGGAGGUAGCUGAAUCUGGGGCUAUGGUAAAUGCCACUGGAAGGAGGACAACCCUGUUUAAAACAUUUGUGCCGCUGAAGCUUCAUGAUUACCUCUCUUUGAACUCAGCUCACAAUUCUUAUAUUGUUUUGUUUUGUAAUGUUAUGAUUUAUGUAAUCUUGGUGGAGAAGCAUCAAGCGUUUUGCUGUAAUCUUGUCUGGAUUUCUCAUGCAUGGAGACGUUGAACUAGACAUGUUAUCCAAUAUGCCAAUAUACAAAUAUUAGUGUUACCUUGCU